GAUCAAGGCAUCUAAAGUGAAGGCAUUGAUUAUAGAGAAGAAAUAAUGGAAGAACUUACCAGCACUCCCAUUGAUAAAUGGACAGAGUCCAUGGUGAGCUCAUGGCUGGCUUCAAUAGGAAUUAAAGAUCAAUACAUUGAAACACUUCAUGAAAAGGAAGUUAAUGGCAAAGUCCUCCUUAAAAUCACAGAGCAAUUUCUGAAAAAAGAGACUGAAAUGAAACCUGGUCCUGUACAUCUGAUAAUAGAGAGCAGAAAUGAGUUAGUUAAGACUCAAAAAGCUCAGAAGCAGCAGAAUAAAGCACCCAAGAGCACUGCUGAAAACACAAACCAAGGAGCUUCAUUCAUCCCAGAGCUUCCAAUAUCCAGCAAUUCCCAGAAAGAACAACAGAUGAACCAAGACACUAUAGCAAGAAAAAGAGAUUCAAAGCCACGACCUUUUGGCAAACCAGGCAUUGACCACACAUAUGUAAAGCAUGAUGUUCUUCAGCCUGAAACAGGGGUCAGUAAUCUUAUAACUCCAUGCCAUGAGUACAAGGCAUUCGAUACAGCUGCGACUUUAGAUGCCAGAAGAAUUAAAGCCAAGCUGGCAUAUGAAGUCCUUAAAUUUGCCACAGGAUGCAUUAACAUGAGAACAAAUGGCACAAUACACUUUGGGGUAAUGGACAACCAGGAGAAAAAGUCUGGCUACAAACACGGUGAAAUCAUUGGCAUUCCAAUUAAGGAACAAUGUGUGUAUACUGAUGCACUGGAUUACAUAGAAAGGUGUUUUGAUAGUGACAGAGAGCUUGUACGGCAGUGUAUAAGACCCCCAGAGUUCAUUCUGGUAACUGAGCCCAACAGGAAAGAACAACACUAUGUGGUUGAAUAUGAUGUCGAACCUUCAGUUAGCAUAGUGAGAAAUGGGGUGUUUUCUGUCAGGUUGGUGAAGUUCAGUGAAGAGUCUGGAAGAAUUGAACAGGAACCAGAAAAAAUGUAUUGCAGAGUUGGAGCCUCAACAAAACCAGUUGAAGGUAUGAGUGGAUUUUUAGAAGGAGUCAAUCACAGAGAUGCUCGAAGAGAGAAGGCAGAGAAGUCCUUUUUGCCAGAACCCUGCCAAGAUCUUGAAAGGAAACUCAUCAUGCUUAUAACAAGUGGGAAGAAACAAAUGGAAAAGGAGAAAUGGUACAUACUUGUUACAAACAAGUUUUCAGGGGAAGAUCUUAAGAAUGUGGAUUUUUUUAUGAACAUGAAGUUAUUCUGUGUGUUUGACUUUGAUCCAGAUUCCAAGGUGUCUGGAUUAUGCCAUGAAUAUGCUAAGCACCAUGCAGUGAACCUUCACUUCAUGCAAAACUACAAAAUUCCAAGUGACAAGAACAUCAGAGAAUUUGAGAGUCAUCUACAUCUGUUUGAACAAACCAGUUGGAUAUUUUGUAAUGGACGAAAUGAUUUCAGUGGGAAUGAAACUCCCUGUGAUGAGAAUACAUGGUGUAGAACAAGGAGGACUUUCCUUAAAGAUUGUGUGUCACUGAUCUGCAAGGAUAUCUUACCCAAGGGAACCUUCCUUGUCAUCUUCCUCCUCAUGUCUCCUGUUGAGAUACCUCUACUGAAGACAUUCGAUGAGUUUUUCACUGACAUGCAAGGUCAUGAAGACAUUAUAUGCAUCUCAGAAUCAGAAGGAAACUUUCAGAAAUGGCGAGCAUCUGCUGUUGAAUUCUGUGAUGGGGAAACAGUGAACAAUUCGAGUAUAGUAGGUUUGAAAAUGAGCCACGUCAGUGCAACUGUCCAGCAAAUCCAGGGCCCUAAUACUCGUGUGAAUAAACUCUUACCUGUGUCUGUCAAAGCAAAAUGCCAUCUACUGACACGUGAUGAGGAAACUAUGUCGGCUUUGGAGGUUUUAGGUGUGAAUCAGUGUGAAGAAAUCAGUGCAGAGUUCAUUGAGUCAAAGAAAGAAAAAAUAGACAGAGACUUUUAUCGAGGAGGAAAAGUUAAAUGGAUGAACUUGUGGCUUGCAGAAGUUGGAGAAGUUGGGGAAGUGAUUCAAAGAGAUGCCUAUCAUGAGGUGAUUAAUCUUCUGGAUGCCUCUCUUAAAUUGAGCUCAGAACAAAAGCCUGUCAAAUGCAUCAACAUAUACCAUUACGCUGGCAGUGGAGGGAGCACAGUGGCAAGGCAGGUUCUGUGGAAGUACAGAAAGGAUCUGAGGUGUGCAGUUGUGAAACCAUCAUAUGCUGUUGGCACAGUUUCAAAACAUGCUGUGAUGCUUCGGGAGUAUGAGGAAAAAGAUCCAGAGAAAUGUCUCCCUGUUCUUUUACUCAUUGACGAUUGUGAGAGGGAAUAUUUAGAAGAGUUAAAGCAUGAGUUAGAAACAGCUAUCAACACAAAGAAGAUUGCAAAUGGAAUACCGUGCUUCAUUCUCCUCAGCUGUAGAAGAUGCCACAAUCCAGAGAAAAUGUCGAAGGAGUCGCCUUUACUGAGUGUCUCUGUGACUCACAAGCUUUCACCAACCGAGAAAACACAUUUUGCUAGAAAGCGACAAAACCUCGAGAAACAGUUUCAGCCAGAGUUCAUUCUGACAUUUGUCUUAAUGAGUGAAGAAUUUGAACAUGAAUAUGUGGAAAAGUUUGUAGAGCAUUUAUUACAGGACAUUGUUCUCACAUCUGUUGACACCCAGCUGAUUCAAUUUGUAGCUCUGCUUAACACCUAUGUGGAGAACUCGUACAUUUCUCAGUCACAUUGUGAAGCCCUCCUUCAACUCCAGCUCACUUUCUAUGGAGAAAGAUUCGGACAACACGCGUUUGAGAAUUCUCUGAGUGAGCAGGCUAAAUUGGUCUUUAUACAUUUAAAAGAUGAAACAACCCACAUCAACUCGAUCAGAAUCAUCCACCAAGUGGUGGCAAAAGAAAUUCUCCAUCAGCUUUUGGGACAAAAACAACAAAGUGAGCUUGCGCUUGAAAUUCUUAGAAACAACGUUCUCUUUAAUCACAGAUUUGGGGGAACGCAGUACAGGAAGUUCCUUCGUGAGUUGUUCAUAAGACGCUACAAAAUCAGCAGAGGUGACAAAUCAGACACUUUUUUCUCACCCCUCAUUGAACAUGUGAGAGAAAAAGAAACGGCAGAAAAUGCUAUUGAGCUUCUUCAUGAGGCAUACAAAAGAUUCAGCGAGGAUGCAUUUUUUGCUCAACAGCUAGCUCGCCUCUAUUACCGACAUGAAAGAUUUGACCUUGCAGAACGUUGGGCAGAAACUGCAGCAGCUAAACUGCCUAAGAACUCCUACAUUCUUGACACAAAAGGUCAGGUGUACAGAAAAUGGUUCACAACAAAAAACAACAGAAUAGAAAAAUGUCAGAGAACACCAGAGUCCAUAGCAGAUGCCAUUGAGACAGCUCUUAAAGCCAUUGAAUGUUUCCAAAAAUGUCAGUUGGUUGCUGUUGAAGAAACUGAGACCAUGAACAACUCGGGAUUUGUUGGAGCUAUAGAAGUUGGGUGUAACUUGUUGGAGCUAAUUUCUUCACUUGAUGUUUUCUCAAAUAAAUAUGGGGAUCAUUCUGAAUUACAGAAGUACUUGCUUACAGAAUACAUUCCCAAAGAAGUUGAAGCACCAUGGGAACACUUCCACUACAAACUCAAAAGUCUCCAGCUCACAAUGCACAAGGCAUUCGAGUGGAUGUCAGAAGAACUGAGUUAUUUCCAAAACCAAGACACUGCUGAGGAGGAAACCUCCAAAACCUCAGAGCUGACAAUACAUCGCCCCAAACACUGGCUGGCUGGCAAGUCCUGUGUUUAUGGAAAGUUCUUCUGUGAGGUCUCACUCAGCAGCACACCCAGUAACUUGCAAUCUCAAUUAAAUAACAUGAGCGACUUCAGCAAACGCAUGGCUAUCUACCAGCUCGGGGGAGGAAACAUUACAACAAUCUUUUCCAUCCUGGACCAGAAAAAAAGAGAACAAGACAAAACUUUGGAGAAUAUAAUUUCACUGUAUCCAAAAGGUGCUAAAAUGGAUCAACUGGAAUUUGGCAACUACACAGCAUCACAUUUUGCCUUAAGUGCAAUCUCUCCAGGUUCACGUUACCUGUCUGUCCUCAAACAUCUGCAGAAGCUGAGCAGACCGUUUCUUCAAGACAAAUCAAAAUGUCCAUCAAGUGUUCUGUUUCUGUGCACACUACUGUUUUGGCCAGAAAAAUUUGAUGUUGAUCAAGAAAAAGAGGAGAAAUAUAAAACAAUCCUUACUGCUGUCAAAUUCCUCCAACAAACAUACAAGGCCAAAAUGAAGGAUAUCCCUGUCAGAAGGAGGCGGAUUUACACCCACUUCUACCUGGGAAAAGGAUCUGGGUAUGAGAAAUUUGUCCACAAGAAUAAAAUUGAAACGAUCAGAAAAUUUUCCUCUGUUUCAGAAAAGCGUCAAAAAUGGCUUGAAGGGGGAGUGUGGAAAACACCGGAAAUUGCUGGAGAGCUCAUGCGUGUAAACGGCUGGACAGAAGAUGGAAGUGUGUAUCUUGAAGGUCCUAAAACUGAAAAGUUUUUCGUUCAUCCCCUUAAUGAAAGUUCCGUGCCUGCUGGAAAUGAAAACGUCACCUUCUACGUAGGCUUCACGUUCAGGGGACCUGUUGCAUGUGACAUCACAAUAAGAAAAUAGACAAAAGUCAAGCUGCUAUGAUGGAAACCAAAAGUAACAGCUGACUGAUGUGAAGUAUCCCAUCCUCAGCUUGUAGUAUAAUACACUCCUGAGUGAACUGAGAGCUGAGGCAUAAUGGCUAACCAGCGAGCAUUUAUACUGUAAAUAGUAGUGUAAAAGGCCAAUUUUGUAAAAAAUGUACAUAUAUAUAUAUAUAUAUAUAUAUUAGGGCUGUCAAAAUU